GGUGACGCAGGAGGCCGGUCGCUCGGAUUCAGCAUGGCGGCGCGGGAGGCAGGGGAGCUCGGUGGGGCCCAACUGGCAUAACCCGUCCACUCCGUGACCCAGCGCGAGAUCCGUGAGUCCCCGCGAUACAGGAGCCCGUCCCCGCGCUGUGCAGUUUUUGCCUCUGCCACCCUCCUCCGGAACCCCGUCACCGGCUGCCGGGCCCCAGAACUCCUGCUUUGGGGUGACCCCGGGCCUGGCCCCCUCCAAAGGCCUCUGUGAUACUGAACCCCCGGGGGUCCUACGGAUGUUCCCUGCCCUCUAGGAUAUUCCCAGUCACCCGAGGGCCCAGUGACUGCAUCAGCCACCUGUCAGAUUUACCCCUGCACCCCAGGUGGGGCAGGCGCACAGAGCCAACUGCCCCCUCUAUGCUGGACAUCUGCCCCGGGCUGGGCAUGGGGAUAGGAAGAGCCUGCUGUAUGUGACAGGCCUGUAUCUAUCAGCUCCCACCAGAGAGGGCAAUACAUUGUUUACAGGAAGUGUUUACCCCUCACCGGCAGUUUAUGCCCCAGGCAGGGCAAUUCCCAGGCUGGCAGCUCUUAUCUGCACUGUUCCCGAGGAUGGAGUGAAAGUGCCCCGCCUGGACAACGGAAGGCCCAGGACUCUUAGCCGCUAGUGGUGGACUGUCCUAUGGGACCAGUAUGGGGCAUUGGCUGGGGCACUGGAAGGGUAGUUUACAGACUGAGCCCCAGCGUGUUAUGAUUCGGUGAUUCCUCCGGCAGCGGAAUUUGCUGAGGUCUGGCGAGUCCGGCAGAGGGUGGCCCGGACCAAGUUACUUCGUUCCCGAUUGCAGAGACCCUCCGCCCCACGCUGUCCCAGAUGCCUUCAGCCUUGGCGAUAUUCACCUGCCGCCCUAAUUCGCACCCGUUCCAGGAGCGACAUGUCUACCUGGAUGAGCCGGUCAAGAUCGGCCGUUCGGUCGCCCGCUGCCGCCCGGCGCAGAACAAUGCCACCUUUGACUGCAAGGUGCUGUCCAGGAACCACGCGCUCGUUUGGUUCGACCAUAAGACUGGCAAGUUCUAUCUCCAAGACACUAAGAGCAGUAACGGCACCUUCAUAAACAGCCAGAGACUGAGCCGGGGGUCCGAGGAGAGCCCGCCCUGCGAGAUCCUCUCAGGGGACAUCAUCCAGUUUGGGGUAGACGUCACUGAAAAUACCAGGAAAGUGACCCAUGGUUGCAUAGUGUCCACAGUAAAGCUCUUCCUACCCGAUGGCCUGGAGACCCGGCGGCGCUCAGACGUCAUCCAGACCUCGCUGCCCAGCCCCGUGGACAAGGUUGCUGCUCACACUCCCAGUAUGUACUCUCAGGAACUCUUCCAACUCUCCCAGUAUCUGCAGGAGGCCUUACAUCGAGAACAGAUGUUGGAACAGAAACUGGCCACACUUCAGAGGCUGCUAGCCAACACGCAGGAGGCCUCCGACACCAGCUGGCAGGCUCUAAUAGAUGAGGACCGGCUGCUGUCGAGGUUAGAAGUCAUGGGAAACCAGCUGCAAGCGUAUUCUAAGAGUCAGACGGACGACGGCAUUCGGAAAGAGUUGAUUGCUCUGCAAGAGGACAAACACAAGUACGAGACCACAGCCAAAGAGUCCCUGAGGCGGGUUCUUCAGGAGAAAAUCGAGGUGGUCCGGAAGCUGUCGGAAGUGGAGAGAAGCUUAAGUAACACGGAGGAUGAAUGUACCCACCUCAAGGAGAUGAAUGAGCGAACUCAAGAAGAACUCCGAGAACUCGCCAACAAGUACAACGGAGCCGUGAACGAAAUGAAGGAUCUCGCCGAUAAACUAAAGGCGGCUGAAGGCCGACAAGACGAAAUCCAGCAGAAGGGCCUGGCCGAAAAGAAGGAUCUUCAGCAUAAAAUCGAGGAGAUGGAGGAGAAGGAGCAGGAACUUCAAGCGAAGAUCGAGGCCCUGCAAGCAGACAACGACUUCACGAACGAACGUCUGUCCGCCUUACAAGUACGGUUAGAGCACCUUCAAGAGAAAACGCUUAAGGAGCGCAGCAGCUUGGGCAUUCAAGUUGAUGACUUCAUACCCGAAAUCAACGGCAGUUCUGAAAAAGAUAAGCUGAUAGACGCCGAGCUGACCGGGACGCGGCAUGAAACGCGACGUCUGAAAGAUAGUUUGGCAGAAGCGAAAGACUCGGAUCUCUCCGACACCUUGAGCCCCAGCAAAGAGAGGAGCAGCGACGAAGCUACAGACGGCCAAAUGGACGAGCAGGACCUUAACGAGCAGAUCCCCAGAGUCACGAAAUUAAAAGAUGAGUUGCUUCACACCCAGUCCGGGCCGAACGAGCCGAAGCAGGAGAUCCAGCAGCUGCGCAGGGAGUUGGCCGAAGCCCAGGAGCUGGCCAAGAGCAGCCGGCAGAAGUGUCUGGAGCUGCAAGCUCUUCUCGAAGACGAGAGAAAGUCGAGCAGAUUGCAGGCAGAGGAAUCGAGCAAGCAAAUCCAGCAACUCCAAGCUCAGCUGCACAGAUUACAAGACGAAAUCGAGAUCUUACGAGAAGAGAAGGAGAGCGAGAUUUCCAACGCGCGGGAGGAGCUCAUGAACGCGCAGGAGGAGAUCGCCAUUCUCAAGCACGUUUCUGAACAGGUGGCCACCGAGCGGGACGGGGACAUCGCCGAGCUCCAGGGAGAGCUGCAGGAGGUGCGAUUCGAGCUCGAACACUGGAGAAAAACCGCCUCGCGCUACGAGAAGGAGAUCGUCGACCUGCAGGCCAACUUCCAGGCUCAGCGUGAGGAGCAUGAAGAGCGGCAGAGGCACGAAUCUGCUCAGUGGCGAGCCGAACUGGAGACUCUCAGACAGAACGUCCGUUCCCUGGAAGCCGAAUGCCUCUCUCUGCAAAAGGAGAACGGUCAGCUGAGUGAGGAGUGUCAGAGGAUAGAGCUGGAGCUUCACAGCUCUCGGAAACAAUCCCUGGACCUGACCGGCGACAUCAGCGUCUUGCAGACCACCCGCAAAGAGCUGGAAAGCCAGGUGGGCUCCUUGAAAGAGCAGAACCAGCGGGAGGCGGCGAGCCUGAAGUCUCAGCUUAAAGAGGCGGAGAAGCGGGUCCUCGGCGUGCAGCGGGAGUUUGACGACACGCAGGCCAAGCUGUCGGAGCUCAAGGUGACGUUUGAAAAGGCUGAGCAAGAAAAGCAGACGCUGGCGGAGGAGCUGAAGCUGAGCAAAGAAAGCCUGAAGAUGCUGCAGGACAAAGGAAAGAACCCUUCCGUAUCACUACCCGUCCCAGCCGUUCUCUUCGGCGUAGUCCUGGUUCUCCUGUAUUGGUGUUUCGGCCUAUUGUGGUAGAGAAAGAGAUCGUGGCCGUGGAUGACCGUGGUGGCCGCUUUAGUGGCCGUGACUUCCGUCAUGCUGUACCCCGGCCUUAGCAGGGGCGCACCGUGAACCCCAAUCUAGAAGCCGCGUGCCGUCCUCCAUUGACGCCGGCGGCGCUCGCACCCUGGAGAAGACGAAAGCAGAUCCUUAAUCUUCCUUUUUACCUCUUCAAACCCACGAAGCUCUGAGCGGCCCCCGCCGCAGGGCCGCGUGCUUUAAACUGUAAUAUAUGUCUGUGUCCCACGGGGAAUAAAUACGAGACUUUAUUCUGCUGUCAGGAAA